UAGUACGCAUUUUGUCCGUAUGUGUCGCCGAAGUCGCAUGCGCUACUCGAUCGAACGGUGGAACGUCUCGUCUAAUAGGUACUCGAUGUUAUAACCUAUAAAGUACAAGAGGUUAUGGUGAAUUAUUCUGUACUUUACAUUACGAUGGAAUGUCACGAUAUCGUAAAUUGACAUGUAAAUUCGUCACGUCUUUUACUUUUUACCUUUAUUGUUAAUUUUUCAUUUAAUAUGAAGGUUACACAAGUUCCGUUAUAUCAUCGUUUAUUUGUUCUAUUCCCACGGAAUCUAAUCAGAUUCUUUUCUGCUUGUAACGAUGAUCACUUGUCAAGACAUUUGUUAGGACAUAAGACUCGUAAUAUAUCUGCAUUACACCGGAAAAGAAGAGAAGAGAAGUUCAUGUAUGGGCCGUUGAAUAAAGAGAGAAAAAAUACUUGGAAAAAAUUGCCAGACGAUUCAAACGGCAGAAAGUCGAGGACAGGGGAGUUAUGGUGGCACUUAAAACUUAGUAAAUUUAGAUUGAACUUGAUGGAACCUAAACGUAGCAAUUCACACGGUUUAGGUUAUAAGGGAGGACGACAUAUAAAACACAUAAAGUUAAUUUCUAAGGAUCCUUUAUUUGCUUACGAUAAUGAUAAAAUUGAUACCGAGGAAGGUGUUAUUAAAUCAAAAAGAUCCAAAGACCAUGAGAAAAUAAAAAGUAGAUGCGAUAAAGAACAUGGAGGAAAUAAAAAUGACGAUACUGUAACGAUGAUAGCUAUUCCAAAUGAUUUUGAAAGUCUGAAGGAGAAGGAUAUGAAAUUACAAGAUGUACAAUUAAAUAAUAUAGAUCAUUAUCCUAUUUUUACCGAUGAAAAAGAAGAGCCUAUGGCGAGAGAUAAAUUGGAAAUAUUAACGAUUUCGUUGGAAGACGAAACGGAAGCGCUUCAUUAUCCUUCCGUUACUAAAAUUUUAUUUGCCACCAUGUUACCGCAAUCUCAAAAGGCCUUGGAAUUGUGGAAAACAAAAAUGAUAAGAAAAAUGGGGGAAGAGAAAUUCAAUGAGUAUCAGCAAGACCUAUUGAACGAUGGUACUGAAUUUCAUUCUUGCAUAGAAGAUACUUUAUUAGGGAAAAAAGUCGACAUACCAAAACAUAUUUACCCGGCUUAUGAUAGUUUGAGCGAUAUAAUAAAUGAAUUGGAAGAUAUUAGAGCGGUAGAAUCGUUUGUUUCUCACAAGGAUUUGUAUUAUAAGGGAAAGAUCGAUUGUAUAGCUUCGUUCAGGGGCAAAUUAUAUGCCAUCGAUUGGAAAAAGUCGGAUAAGGACAAAGAGAAUAUAAAUUCGAUGUACGAUGCGCCGAUACAGCUUGCUGCUUAUAUAGGCGCUAUUAAUUCUUCCAAAAGAUAUCCAUUCACGAUCGACCGCGGCUUGAUAGCUGUCGGUUAUACAACUGGGAAACCUGCGAAAAUAUAUAUCGUGUCAGACAAGGCAUUAAAAACAUAUUGGGAAAAGUGGUUGAUGAGACUUAAACAAUAUUGGAGUAACGUUAAUAAUCAAUAAAACCGUUCGAAUUAGAAUAA